AUGUCUUCUCGCUCUGUUCGUCGGUCGGUCUCAGGAGAUGUCCUGUCCGCCCUAAUCAGCGGACUGGAGGUGCUGCAAGCCGCGUCAAAUGUUGUUGCUAAUGUGCCACUACUGAAUGGCAUAGUCAGCUCGGCUCUGGGACUCGCCAGGACAAUAGAAGCUAUCGGAACCGACAGGGAGCGGUUCCUCCGCCUUGCCCGCCGUGUCUCGGAGCUUUCUAUGCAUAUAGAGGAGUCGAUAGAUUGCGAUUUUAAUGCCAUCGACGAUGGCCUCACGGUAACUUUAAUUGAGCUGCAAGCACUAAUGGACCGUAUCCGGAGUGAAGUUGAGAAGCAACUUCGGCGCAGUGCGCUCAGUCGCUUGCUACAUCAGGCAUCCAUUUCCUCAACCUUGGAGGAUCAUUUAGAUGCCCUUGACAGCGCGUGGCGGGCAUUCGAUACCGCGUGUCUCAUAGCUCUUCGCAUGAAGAUGGAAAGGCAAGCGCUGUACGACGACCGCUCUCAGGUCAGUUUACCUCAGGCAGCGGAGACGCUCAGUCUGAUGAAUGAAACACGCAGCUCCGAUUGUUUCGCUGGAGCGAUCUCCGACCUCCAUUGUUACAUACUAUCCGAACUUGUGGGUUGUUUCCCACCCGUCUGGUUAUCUGAUCACUCAAUGCACUUUUUCUUAAGGCAUCACCCUUAUGUGUCCCAGGUCCUUGGGUAUUCUCAUCCGUCCGUUCCCGAGAAACUCUAUGUCAUGGAGUCUGGUAUGCCUUCAAUUAAGAUACAAUGA